AUGCCUGCGGCUUCUCCGACGACAUAUCUUUCCCUCUCCAAUGCCAUCCCGUGCACAGGAUACCCAGCGCACAUACAAGCUCAACAGAUGCGGACAAUUCGGUAUCCCGAAUACCAAGUGAGACCGUUGCUUUCUGAAGUAGAGGAGUCCCCCGUGGCUGCUGCGUAUACCAGCUUCCGAGAGUGGGCAUGUCGCCAAAUCGACUCUGGAGCAUCAAGGGAAAGCAUCCUCGGGCCGGAAAAGGUUGAAGUUGACCUGUUCUUCCGUGCACGAGGACCGGCCGACCCGCACACCGUUUCUACCUGGGCUUGUGAGUUCUUCCGUGCGCUGGAGGGCAUCGAUGUCUUUGUCUGUCUGGCAGGAAUAUUCAACUUUGAUCGUUUCAUGCGGUGGAUGAUCGUGCCGUCUGCGGAAACAUACGCAAAAGUCCCUCCUGGCCAGCGACCUACGGCCUGUCAGCGACUUGUACCGCAUCAUCCUGCGUCCGAUCUGCCAGUUCUGCCUGAAUUACGAGAUGCCUUGAUAUAUGACAUGCGUGACUUCAUUCUGGCAAGUCAGUGCUAUGGCACGACGAUCAACUGGGAUGGCAGCCUGGAUGAGGCGAUUGACAUAGACCCGGAGACGGCCAAUAUGACCAUCUCGGAUGCCUUUGCCGAACACUCGUGGCACAUGGACAAUUGGACUUUCAGUCGAGGCUUUGCAGCAGUAUUUCCCGAGUUGAGACACCGCUAUCGCAUCUCACCGGCCAUCGCGAUUCCGCCUAGUCCUGGCAACGUCGAGGAGUUGCUGCAGAAGCGCGAUCGCAUAAGAACGGGCAUAAAACGUGAAGGAACUUGA